UCACGCGCUAUUGGACGCUUGUUUGUGUAUUUAAUAGAAGUGGUGGCCCUUUCCUCUGGAUGAUGUAUCCGUAGGCUCCUCCGUGAACGUGGUAUUGCCCUUUUGCGAGUGAAUCCCAUCUAGGCGUGAGCCUCGCAAGCCCGCAGUCAUGGCGUUCGUCAACCUCAAGUCAAUCUCCCUUGUGGUCCUGUCGAGCCUAGCACCCUUGGUUUCGGCAUUGGGACAGCAACCGAUCGUGUCGUUCGAGAAUGCUUCGGGCAGCUUCCAAAUUGCCGGAGGAGAUGUAGGGACAGGUCAAGUUCUGGUUUCAGACGACGAUUUCUGGGGAGUCAUCCGAGCUGCCGGCGACCUGGCCGUAGAUUUUGGUCGGGUCACUGGCACGAAUUACACGCUCAGCAAUGGUGCAAACAGCUCCAAGCCUGCUCUCUACACCUUCUCACCGGUGGAUGUCACCAACAACACCAUCUACCGAGUCCUAGACGAGCAGUCAUUAUCUGGCCCCAACUACACAAAUCCCGCCCCCGAUCGCACCGUUAUCAUUGCCGGCACCAUUGGCCAUUCAAAGGUCAUUGACGGCCUCAUCAAAGCUCAGAAACUCAAUACCAGUGAGGUCGACGGACAGUGGGAGUCAUUCGUCAGCCAACUGAUCGACGAGCCCAUUCCGGGAUGCUCUCGGGCUCUUGUCAUUGCCGGUAGUGACCCCCGCGGCACCAUCUACGGUAUCUACGACGUGAGCGAGCAGAUCGGGGUCAGCCCAUGGUACUUCUGGGCCGAUGUGCCGUCCAAGAAAGCGACCGAGAUCUACGUCCUGCCCGAACGUAAGGUUCAGGGAUCUCCCGCGGUCAAGUACCGUGGGUUCUUCAUCAACGAUGAGCAGCCAGGUCUAUCUAGCUGGGUCUCAACCAAGUGGAACGACACCUGGAACGAUGCCGCCGGAUACAACUACCACUUCUACAGUCUCGUCAGCGAGCUCCUGCUGCGUCUCCGCGCCAACUAUCUCUGGCCUACGCUCUGGGGAAGCAUGGUCUACGUCGACGACCCGCUGAACCAACCCCUCCUCGACGCAUACGAAGUCGUCCUCGGUGGCUCUCACACCGAGCCUCUCAUGCGCGCCCAAAACGAGUUCCGAACAUUCUACCAAGGCCAAUGGGCAUACAACCUCAACAACAAGACCAUUGACGACUACUUCCGGUAUGGAGUGCAGCGUGCCAAGCCCUACUCUCGCAAUAGUUUGUGGACCAUGGCCAUGCGUGGUACUGGUGACACUGCUAUUGAGGGCAACUUGGGAGUUGAGGGCAUCGUCAAGAUGCUUGAGGAGCUUGUGGCCAAUCAGCGAACCAUCAUUGAAGAAGGACUUGAAAUCGACAGUGCCGCGGAGGUCCCAUCAUUGUGGUGUCUGUACAAGGAAGUCCAGUCGUAUCAGGAGAAGGGUCUCGUCGUUCCCGAGGACAUUACUCUUCUUUGGGCUGAUGACAACUGGGGCAAUGUCCGAAGGCUGCCUUUGGUGAACGAGACUGACCGCAGCGGCGGUGCUGGCGUCUACUACCACUUCGAUUAUGUCGGUGACCCGCGCGACUACAAGUGGAUCAACACAAUCCAGCUGGAGAAGACGGCGGAGCAAAUGUCUUUGGCGUAUGCUCGGAAUGCACGCAGGAUCUGGAUUGUCAACGUCGGUGAUUUGAAGCCGCUCGAGAUCCCCAUCAGCCACUUCUUCGACCUCGCCUACGACACUGAGAAGUGGGGUGUUGACGGUACCGGCAAGUGGCUCGAGGCUUGGGCAACCAGAGAGUUUGGCGACAACCACGCAGACAACAUUACGGAUAUCUUGACGCGGUAUGGCAUGUACGCUGCUCGUAGAAAGUAUGAGUUGGUCGAGCCCAACACCUACUCAGUCAUCAACUACAACGAAGCAGACGCUGUUUUGGGACAGUGGGCUACUCUGCGCGAAGAGGCUCAGGCUGUGUACGAUGCCCUCUCGGAGGAGCACCAGGCGGCUUUCUUCGAGAUGAUCCUGCAUCCCAUCUCAGCUGGCGAGAUCCUUCACAAGAUCCAGAUCAACGGUGCAAAGAACCAGCUGUUUGCAGGACAGAAGCGCAACCUGGCCAACGAUAUCAUUGAUGAGUCCAGGACAUUGCUCGAUGCGGACGCUGAGUUGACCAUCCGAUGGGAUGAAUUGCUCGACGGAAAGUGGCAGCAUAUGCUUGAUCAAACACAUCUCGGAUAUGAUGGGUACUGGCAACAGCCCAUGCGUAACACCCUCCCAGAUAUGCGCUAUGUACAGACAGCUUUCCCAUCUCUAGGAGGCCAGAUCGGUGUCGGCGUCGAGGGGUCCAAUGCCAGUGUUCAGGGUGACGACAAGUGGCACACCAACUCUGCCAACGACCUUACGGUGCCUCCGCUGGAUCCUUACGGGGCUAUCUCGCGCUACUUUGAGGUCUUCACCCGUGGCAACACUGCAUGCCCUUGGUCAGCCAGUCCUUGGCAGCCUUGGGUCAAACUCUCCCAGUACAACGGCGCGGUUGGCGGCAACAAUGGUACAGACAGCCGUGUGUGGAUCUCGAUUGACUGGGAGAAUGCGCCGGCAGCUCCCAACGCCACCCAAGUCUACAUCAACGUCACGACGCCGUGCCGGGGCAAAGAAAAGUACGCCGGACAAGGACAGAGAGUCAUCGUGCCGGUUGUCAACCGUGCCGUGCCAUCCAACUUCACCAAGGGUUUCGUCGAAUCCGAUGGCCACGUGUCUAUCGAGGGACCGCACUACCAGAGCAUCGUUGAGCCCAGCAACGCUACCAGGCCAAGCAACAGCAGCAGCAAGCUCGAAUAUCAUUUGUUUGAGAAUUACGGCCGCACCCUGGGUGGAGUUGGAUUGUAUCCGCCAGAGUCGGAGAAGGUCAAGCUCGGCGAGGGCCCGGCGCUGGAGUACCAGAUGUACCUCUUCACCAAUACCAGCAAAGCCAACGUCACGCUUUACAUCUCGCCUACUUCUAACUACCUCGGCGAUGGCAACCCUCUCGAGUACGGUAUAUCGCUGUACCCGACUGGCGGAAGUGCACCGCAGCCCAAGACAGUGCAGCCUGUGGGCAAGACGCAAGGACAAAACAUGCCCGAAGGGUGGGGAUAUGCCGUUGGGGAUGCCGUCUGGGGACUCACUGGCAACUAUACGACGACAGCUUUCAACGUGACUCAGGAGGGCGCGUAUACACUUCGUGUGUGGGCGCUGCUGCCGAACAUUAUUGUGCAAAAGGUCGUGGUAGAUCUGGGCGGUGUGAGAAAGUCGUACUUGGGACCUCCCGAGAGUUUCUUGCUUGGACGUGAUGAGCAGGGCACUGUCAAGCGUACUGCGUUUACUGAGACGCCUGGUAUUGUUGGAGGAAGUACGACUUAAAUCACAUGCUUGAAAUAUUGGAAUAGUGGAAAAUGAGAAUCGAAGUUAGCAUUAAUAUAUAAUGAAACGAUAAAAACCCCCACCCCUCCCCCCCC